AUGUCAGAGUUCGAGGGAGGAGCCGCCGCCGCCAAGGUAACGUCAAUAUUCAUAUACCCGAUCAAAUCAUGCCGUGGAAUUUCUCUUUCUCAAGCACCUAUCUCUUCCACUGGUUUUCGCUGGGAUCGGCGGUGGUUAGUGGUGAAUUCUAAAGGCAGGGCAUAUACUCAAAGAGUUGAGCCAAAGCUUGCUCUAGUUGAAGUGGAACUCCCAAAAGAGGCGUUUUCAGAGGGAUGGGAACCGAAUAAUAAUUCAUAUUUAGUGAUAACGGCUCCUGGCAUGGAUAUGCUGAAGAUUCCAUUAGCUAUACCAUCUGAAACAGCAGAUGGUGUCUCAGUGUGGGAGUGGUGUGGCUCUGCAUUGGAUGAAGGGGCUGAUGCAUCAAACUGGUUUUCCAAAUAUCUUGGGAAGCCAAGCAGGCUUGUGUGCUUUAAUGAAGCAUCAGAAAUUAGGGCUGUGGACCCUGAUUAUGCCAGUGGAUACAAAGUUAUGUUUUCUGACGGGUAUCCAUUCCUCUUGCUAUCUCAGGGAUCAAUGGAUGCGUUAAAUGCUCUUCUCAAGGAGCCUAUACCAGUUAACCGUUUCAGACCCAAUAUCCUAGUUGAUGGAUGUGAACCAUUUUCUGAGGAUUUAUGGACCGAGAUCAAGAUAAGCAAUUUAGUUUUCCAUGGUGUCAAACUAUGUGAUCGUUGUAAGGUACCCACAAUCAAUCAAGAAACUACAGUAGCAGGUCCUGAGCCUACUGAGACUCUCAGGAAAUUCCGUUCUGAUGAACUCUUAUUUCCAAAUAAGAAACAACAGAAGAAGGUAUAUUUCGGACAGAAUUUGAUAUGUGCUGAUUCACUCGCUCAAGGAACGGAAAAGACUAUCAAAGUGGGAGAUCCCAUUUUAGUUGUCAAAGCCGUGUCGUCCCCAGCUGAUGCACCAGCUUGA